AUGACUCGAUUUAUAGAAUUUCAAAUUGAAAAUAAGAAACUAACACCAAUUGCUGGUUACUGGACUUAUCGACUUGUUUCUCUCGAAGAAGCAUUGCACCCUUUCUUGUCUGAAAUCAAUGAAUUACAACGUUCCAUCAAAGAAGCCAAAAAGUGUUGCACAUAUCCAUCAGAACACAAUCUUACUCGUGAUGAAUCGGCUGCUUUAUUGUUAUAUACUAUGGAAGCGGAUGAUCAAAGUUUCUACCUCAAGUUGAAUGAAAUAUUGAGAAAAGAAGAUCGAAAUGAGUUAAAACCAUGGUUUCCCUUCCUCAAAUUAUUCGAUACAGCACUCAAUAAAUUACCUACGAUAAAAGGAAUCGUUUGGCGAGCUGUACCUGGCAAUGUGGCUAAUGAUUAUAAGAAAGAUCAACUAUUAACGUGGUGGACUAUCAGUUCUUGCUCAGUAUCAGUAGAUGUUGUCAAAGCGUUUUUAAAACCGAAUGAAGAAUCAACACUUUUCAUGAUUGAAGCUGUCAAUGGAAAAAAUGUGGCUGGUUAUACUAUGUAUCCGAAUGAAUUCGAAGUUAUAUUAGAAAUCGGCACUCGAUUACGUGUCAAAAGUAUCGGAUUUGAACAUGGCAAUCUGCAUUUGAUUCAUUUAGAAGAAGUGAAUGACAAUGCAGAUUAUCAACAGGAAGAAUCAGCAUUAGCUAUGGCUACGCCGCAUGUAACAUCAAAACCAUUCAAAUCUUUGAGUCUACCACCACCUCGUGAGUCAUAA